UUCCGGUCUCUUUGGCCUUGGCGGCAGAAGCAAGAUGACGAAAGGAACGUCAUCCUUCGGAAAGCGUCGCAACAAGACGCACACGUUGUGCCGCCGCUGUGGCUCUAAGGCCUACCACCUUCAGAAGUCUACCUGUGGCAAAUGCGGCUACCCUGCCAAGCGCAAGAGAAAGUACAACUGGAGUGCCAAGGCUAAGAGACGAAACACUACCGGGACCGGGCGGAUGAGGCACCUAAAAAUUGUCUACCGAAGAUUCAGACAUGGAUUCCGUGAAGGGACAGCCCCUAAACCCAAGAGGGCAGCUGUUGCAGCAUCCAGUUCAUCUUGAGGAUUUCAAUCUGUCAUAAAAUAAAUGUUCUGGUUU